AUGGAGACGGAAGAGCUUAUGGCGAUGAACCACUGGGCUGCGCCGAGUCCGGAGGGCCAUCCUCCGAUGGUUCUUUGCUGCAACCGCUCUCAGGUCAUCGCGCCUCUGGGUAUCCGCAUCGCUCGAGUGGAGGAUCACGACAACCUCGCAGCAGUCUUCGACGCCCAAAGCGAGGUCGUGACCGCGGUUUACGGCGAUUUCUUCAUUGCGGAGCUUGUUGAGGCACAGAACGACGAGAACCGCGCCCUGGUGGCCGAGGUGGACGGUCGAGCUGUUGGACUGAUGUGCCUCACCUCCGACGUGGACAUCAACGUCCUUGCCCAGUGCUUCCAGCUAGAUCCCUAUGACAACCUUCUCAAAGCACCGUACAUGAAGCGUGUGCGUGAACAUGCCCGGGCCGUGUUGGAGCAUGGCGAGCAGGCGGGCUCGGCCGGUAAUCGACGGUGUUGCAACCUUCGACUGUUGCUUCUAAGGAGUUCCUAUCGCCAUAAGCAGUGCUUGUAA